UUUGCCCUGUCCCUGCUGAUGCUGUUCAAGACCACCACCAGCUACAGCCGUUGGUGGGAGGCCCGCACGCUGUGGGGCAGCGGCUACAUCACCGUGCGGUCCGUGCUGCGCCUGUGCCUCUCGUUUGUCGGCCGCAGCCGGCCGCAGCUUGUGCCGGCCCUCUACCGCUGGACCGCCGCCGUGCUGCCAGCGCUGGCCGCACACCUGCGCGGCAAGGAGCACUAUUUCGACGAUCACCUGACAUCGGUGCUGCACCCGGCAGAGCUGCAGUGGCUGAAGGCUCGCGCCGGGCAGGGCAUCCCGCCCAUCGCGGCGCUGCAAGUGCUGUCGCGCCUGCUCGACCGUGCGGGGCUGCAUGCCAUGGAGCGGCAGCAGGUUGAGGGCCUGCUGAGCCAGCUGGACGUUGUCAUUGGCGGCUGCGAGCGCAUACGUGCCCAGCCCAUCCCCUACGCUUGGAACAGGCAUACCCAUCGCUUUAUUUUAUGUUACAUAACUUUCUUACCCUUUGCCCUCUGGUCGUUGUACCACUGGGCUACGCUGCCCAUCAUGGCCAUCUUCUCCUUCCUGCUGGCUGGCGUGGAGAACGUCGGU